AGGGUGCCCCCCAUCGCCCCAGGGUGCCCCCUCUCCUGCCCUAGGGUGCCCCCCAUCUGCCCCAGGGUGCCCCCUCUCCUGCCCUAGAGUGCCCUCAUCUGCGCCAAGGUGCCCCCUCUCCUGCCCUAGAGUGCCCUCAUCUGCCUUAGGGUGCCCCCUCUCCCUGCCCAGGGUGCCCCCAUCUGCCUUAGGGUGCCACCUCUCCCUGCCCAGGGUGCUCCCCUGAGAGCCCUAGCACGCCUCUGUGCCUCUCCACCCUGCUCUCCAGCACUUCGCUAGUGCCAGGGGGCUGCUGUCACCAUGCCUGCAACGCUGGACCCUGCUGGGGUGAAGCCCCCAGUCCACGAGCAGAUCUCAGCGCUGCAGAAUAAGAUACAGCUCCUAGAGGGCGACCGGAAAGCUUUCUACGAGAGCUCCCAGUGGACCAUCAAGAAGAACAGGGAGUCCAUCGUGUGGCUGCGGCAGGAGAACAAAAAGCUGCACAAGAAGCUGGCAGCCAUCCUGGCGGGAGAGGAACAAAUCAUAAAAGAGGUGUUCCGGGACCGGGCUGCCGAAAAGGCCUCGCUGAAAAAUAAAAGUGGAGAGGACGCCAUCGAGUUCAUCAACCACCGGCUCUGCGAGAAGAUCAACCGGCUGAACGACCUGAAGCACCAGGUGGAGAUGAGGAAGCGGCGGCUGGAGGAGCUGCAGCUGAAGUACGACUCCAAGGUGCAGGAGGCCCGGGGCUUCCAGGAGGUGGAGGAAGGGAAUGUGGAGGCAGCCAAGACCCUGCGCAGGCUGGAGAACCAGCUGGAGAAAGCCCGGCUGAAGGUGGAGGAGGCAGAGCAUGUCACCGGCCUGUACCGCCAGCUCAAAGCUCACAUGCAGGAGCAGAGCUUGACGGCCCAGACCCAGCUGGACAUGCUGGAAGCUGAGAUCCUAAGGCUCCACCAAGAGCUCCAUGGCCUGCAAGCGAUGAACACGGAUGCACAGGCCACGCGGGGUACCACCAGGGAACAGCUCCAGCUCCAAGAAGACAGCAUCUACCGGGAGAGGUACACGCGGGAGCUGAAGCUGUCGGAGCUGAAGAAGCAGGCGGAGGAGAGGAGGGCCCAGAAUGAGCGGGCGGAGAGACGGGCCCUGCGGGAGCGCCUGCCCCUGCAGACGGAGGAGCUGCUGAGCAACGCCCAGCGCAACAAGGGCACCAGCCUCCGCGCCAGACAGCUGCUGGGCACAGUGGCGGUGGAGGAGACCUUCGAGAAGAUCAAAACAGCCACCGGGGUCACCAACUCCAGGGAGGUGGUGAGACGGUUCUUGGCCCAAGGAGACACCUUCCAGCAGCUCGAGCAGCUGACGACGCAGAACGAGGAGGCCCUGGUGCGGCUGCGGGAGGAGAAGGAGGCGCUGGAGGCCGAGCUGCAGGGCCUCACCUACUCGGGGGAGGCCCGGGUGACGGGGGCCCAGCGCCUGCUGGAGGAGCUGCGAGCUCACCUGCGCCAGGAGGAGACGCAGCGCGACGCGGCCAAGGGGCAGCUGGACAAGGUGACGAGGGUGCUGCUGGCGGCCAAGGCGGGCGUGGAGCACCUGGCCAGAAAGGUUCAGCACAUCCAGCUGAAGAGCGGGCGCUUUGCUGGGGCCCCGCCGGACGAGGCCGCCAGCGACUUCGUGCUGGAGCUGCUGGCGGAGACAGAGGAGAAGCUGCUCAAGGUGCUGGCUGAGCUGAGCGACCAGGACCAGAGGGACCUGCUGCAGAAAAUCGCAGAGGAGGAGUUCCACGCUAACUUGGAGGGGCGCCUGCCCAGCGCCAACGUCCGGGUGAAGCUGCCCGUCGCCCAGAAGCAGGACAUGUACUAUGACGAGGAAGACAGCGAGGACGAGGGCGACGUGGUGACGCGGGCCGCGCUCAAGCGCCAGUCCCAGCAGAUCAUUGAAGCCAAGACCAAGCGCCGCAAUCGCCCCAAGAAGAAGGAGGGGAAGCUGUAGCCAGCCUGGGCGGGGGGAGCUGCGGGGGGCUUGGAGCUCAGCCUCCCCCCCACAGGGCCAUUGUGAGGGUAUUAAAGGCACAACAAGCUCCAGCCCAGGGCCUUGACUGGGAGCCACCCCCUCAAAGACCCUAGGCCCUGCCAGCUGGCCCCCGAUCCCAGCAAUGCCCCACGGUGGCCUCUAGCACUGUGGGUGGGGGGUCCAGGGUUAGUGGGGCGGCAGCCCCACCCCCCACGGGGCUCCUGCCCUUUGCGGGGGGGCGGGGGGGGCAGGGUGAAGGACCGGGCUGCUCCCGGACCGGGCCAGGGGCCCAAGCCAGUCGUGGAGGAUGGGGCGCUGCCCCACAGUAACCCCUCAGUCCAGGAAGCAAGCGGGGCUCCCUGAGGCUGGGCCCCUCCCCUGCCUUAGGGGGGAAAACAUCCCCCUGCCCCCUCCUCCUGCCCUGACCCCCUCUCCUGCUUUUCCCCCCCCACCCUGCCCACGGGCAGUGGGUGAAUCGCAGCUUGGGCCUCUCGCGGCUUUUCCCCUCUGCACUGGGACCCCCAAGCAUCCCCCCUGAUGACCCCUGUGUGCAGUGUGUGUGAUUCAAUAAAGCCGCUUGGGCAGAGCAGCCCCUGGUUUGGUGCAGUGUGAUAGGCAUCCCCUCCCCCGCGAGGUCCAGGGGCAGCAUGGGGCACGGGGCGAUCAGCAGGACUAGCACCCCCUAACGCUGCCCUGGGGUCAG